GUCCGGAUAGUCGUAAAAUCGUAGGCAUGCAAAAUAGAAGCAAGUCAUAAUUUAAAAAAUAAAUUCUGAAGAGAAUAUAAUCCUCUUAGAAUUUGUUUAAAUUGGUAAUGAAAAUAAAGUAAACUUUUGCAAACAUGUUUCCUGCUGCUUUUUGGGAUGUGAAGCAAAAGGAGUCAACGGGAAGACUCCCUCUGAGCCGAGGAAUGAAAUGGCAGCGCAUUGAGGACGUUCCCAAUGCUGACCAGGAGGCUGUGGUUCGAUAUGUCAUCAAAGACAAGCUCAUAGGGAAGCCUGUCUUCAAAAGAGUAGAUCUUGUAACCCAUGGAAAAGUGGUCUUCUUUGCUCAAUCAUCAACCCAGGUCAAGUCUGAGAAUUCUAUGCUGCCAAGUAUUUUGCCAGUAAACUAUAGAAAUAUUUCCCAUGACCUCAAAACCUCCUCCAAAGAAGCUUCACUUUCUAAAAAAAGUUCUUCCAAACAUAACAAUGGAUACGUUUCUUCUGUAUCAACAAAUGACAGCACCCAGAUUGCAACUGCUCAUGAGGCAUCUUUCCCUUCCAUGUCGACUAUUUCAGUCGAUUGUCUCGUCCAGAUCUUGAUAGAAUUCAAUGGCAUCAAGAGAGGCCUGGACACAAUGUGGCGUCAUAUGGGAGUUGAGACCAACAGAGGUCUAUGUUUGUAUCCUGAGGAAGCCAUGUUCCUCAUGCAAUCAGGAGAAUUUCAAGCGUUAUCUCCAGGUCUACAUCGACUAAGCGUGCAGCAUUUGUUAACUCUGAGCAAGUCACCAUACUGCCUCUUCAGGGUCUACUGCAAACUCAGCGGCUUUGCCCUCAAACCUGUUCGACAUCAGCCCCAUGUAGGAUUUACAGAUUAUGAGCGCAAAAUCAAGCUUGAUCAGCAUAGCAGUUCCUCCAAAGCCAUAUCCAAGAAGAAGUCUCUCAAGCACAAAGAAUUAAUGGGCCCUCCUGCAUCUGUAGAAAACCAUAUUCCUCCUGAAGUUUCUACUCCAGUAGACGUGAUCGCUGCAUGCAAGCUGGAGCCGUCAACUAGUCCUGUUACCGACGACUUACUGGAUAAGGAAAUGAUGGAAUUUUACUCUAGUCUAGGCGCCGAGUUCAAGGCCGAAGUUCAAUUCAAAGAAGACAAAGAGGAUGAAAAUAGUUUGCCUGAGGUAGCUGAAUUAAGUGAAGAAUGGCUUCUCGAGUACGAAGAGAGCAAACAAAAUAUAUUGAAGGGUCUUGCCUCUAUGGACCCAUACUCAAAGAUAUGUACUAUUAGAAAAGAUGAUAAUUUUCUCCCUAGGUCAUUCAAAGUACUUACUAAGGAUUACGUUUUGCAUGUUGACGAUUUAUACAGCUCUUAUAAUGUACGAAGACAUUUUCCACCUCAAAGUUCUAAAUCUACCAAGAAUCAAAAUUUUGAUUACCAUAAUUGGAACCUGCAGACAACUACACAAUUUGACAGUGAUAGCGAAAAAUCUGAGAUACUUGAUAGUGACAUAGAAACGAGCAGUUCAAGUGACAGUGAAAGUGUGAGUUCUCUGUCUGACACCGAAGAUGUGAGUUACCAAGGCUGGUAUAUAGACUGGAACAACAUUGUUUACAUGAAACGCGUCAUUGGUGACGAGGAAGUUACGAUAAAAGAAUGUCCUAAAAAAAAUUCCACAAGCAAGCGAAGCUUAUCUUCUAGUGAAGAUUCUUCAAGUGAUGAUGAAAAAAGGAGCAAAAUUGCAAAAUUUGAAAAGUCGACACCCAACUCGUUUGCAUGUGCCACUAGAAAUGAAUCUAGACAUGACGCCAGUGUAGUCUCUAAUGACUGUGAUAUUUCUCAGACUAAACACAUGAAUUACGAUGUACCUGAUAUACCUCGAACUGUACCUAUACCUUCAAAAAGUUCUCCGUCAAGUCAUCAAUCAGAUGAUUCUAGUAGCUCUGACUCUACUAGUAUUGCAAGUAGCAGUAGUAGUGGUUCUAGUAACGAUGAAAACUUACCGUCUCCACGCACACCUUCAUUAGUUAAUCAAAACACAAGCAAAAGUGUUCUACCUCCUGAAAAUGCUCAGGAGAAAGCAGAAUUUUCCAGAGCAGCAGAAAAAUUCUUAAUGGAUUUUGGCAAAUCUCUAGAAGAACAAGGUUGCCUUAUUCCUUGCUUAGAAAAGCUACCUCCCACACGAUGUUCUUUGGAGGCUGAGAAAAUGUUGCCCAACGGGAUCGAUGCAUCUUACGGUAAUAGAGAGAUACAGAAUCCUUCUGGUAGUUCAUUUACAUCUUCGCCUUGCCCUCCUUUGCAACAAUAUUCUAAUUCAGAGAAUAAUUAUGUCGACCCGGCAGUUGAUUCAGUUUUGUCGCUUAUAGCUUCUGUUAAAAAUAAAACGGACUGCGCUAAUAAGCAGUCUAAGAGUUUGUCUGACCCUCCAGUUCUGGCGCCCAUAUCCAAUCCUCCAAAAAGAUUACAAGAAAGUCCAAGUCAUUUACAUUCCCUUGUUGCGAGUAAAGUCUCACCACCUAUUCGUCCUAAAGAAAUAAAUGCAAGCCCGUUACAUUCCUUUCAAAAAGAACCAACGAGCAGCCAUCCGAUUGCGGGUCAACUAAUGAGAGAGGCGCCACCUGCGAGAUCUAAAGGUUUUGUCAAUAAGUGCGACACAAGCCCGUCUGCUCGCCUCACUCGCACGAUGAUAAACAAUAGCUGGCGACUACGAGUGAAGGCUCAACUGACCAGCUCGGAGGGCGCAACCCGAGAAAUAUGCAGUGUGCCUAGCCUGGCGGAGAGACUGGAGGAGGAACAAGCUGUUGAGGAUGACCUAAGAACUUCGUUGGCACUGAAGAAACACUUGCCUUAUCGUCGUACUGAUUCUUUGGAAGAUAACUAUGCAGAUGACUGCGGUGUAGAAUCUCCCUCAUCUUUUACGAAUAAGAAAAGGAAGAAAAGAUUAUCUGGCCGAGUACGUGGUAGCGGUAGGAGUGAAAGCAAUACGUGUGUAGGAUCCAGCGCAGGCAAUGUUGUUGAUAUGUCGCCUAACGGUCUAUUACGUGUGAGUAUCAUGAACAAUCACAUCGCAAAAGGAAAUAUCACGAAUACCUUGCUAAAUCGUUUGGAUGAUGAAAACUUAGAGUUCAUGCGCACAAGUUCAGCAUUUCGCGAAAAUGACCUAAAUGACACCAGCUUUCGCGGCGACAAUCGCAGGACUGGUGUGUUUAUUAACCCUAGUGUUCUUGCCAAAGGUAGAAUGGCUCCAACAAAAAAUCUUGCAGACGUUCGUGCAAAAUAUGAGAGCAAUGCCAGAGAUCAAGCACACAUUGACAUGGAAGGAUUAACAAGCGUUAAAGAACCAAAUAAUUGUCUGCCAGCAAGAACAUUUGAAAAUAAUAAGGUAUCAUCUCGUCAGAGUAUAAAGUGUUCGUUGAGCAAUCGUCUUAACGAGAAAUAUUGUGAGCCUAAUUCGUCCACUCGGUGCAUAGAUUAUUCACAUACCGAGUUCGAUAAUGGUGAGCCUCGAGAUGGUCAGAUUUGGCAAGAUCGCCAUGAUCCAGUGAAAGAGUUGGGCCUUCCAGAGGAUGUUCCUGACAUGCCAGACCGCCACAGCCAAACUGGACUGAUCCGACACGGGCGAGAUGGUUUCCAGUGUCGAGGUCGAGGAAAUGAUCUUCAUCUCUCUAGGCGAGAAAAUCAAGCUCAAUUUCACGGGCGAGAGGAUGAUCUCGAAUUUAGCGAGCGUGGAAAUGAUUUCCAGUUGCGCUGGCGCGGGGAUGAUUUCCCAUUGCGCGGGCGUGGAAAUGAUUUCCAUUUCCAGGGGCUUGGACAUCAACAAAAUAGUUCAUUUCAUGGGCGAGGAAACAAUAGCCAAUUGCGUGGGUGCGGAAACUAUGCCCUGGUUGAGGGGCGUCUCAUGGAUUAUUCGUUUCGUGGUCAAGGAACCGAACGAUCUUCCUGGAGACACGACCGAGACGUCACAAGUGGAAACAGUCCACGUGGUAUAGAUGGCCAGCGUAGCAAUGGCCGCGGUCACUGCAACGAAUUCAGUCGUAAUACUUCCGAUGAGGAGGAUAUCGAGCGUAGUGGGUAUCAAGGAAAUGAUUCCGCUUCGGCCCAAGCCAGAUCAAAUCAAACCACUACCGACUGCCACGGCGAUGGUAAAGAUGUUCUUGAUUUCAGAUACGAUGAGCUACGCGACAGCUACCACAGCUUCAGUUCUGCAAUUCGUGCUCAAGCUGAAGGAGGUAAUCGUGACUCUAUAGGUAAUCUCAUUGAUUAUAGCAGUGCUGGGGGUGGCAAAAUUAAGAAUAUGAAUACAGUUGACGGCCGUGGUGGUUACAACAACGCAGUGGAUGGACGUGAUGGUUGCAACAACACGGUUGGCGGUCGUGGUAAGUAUAGAAAUAUUGUUGGUGGUCGCGGUGGUUGCGGAAACGCUUUUGAUGGCUGGAGUGGUUACGGAAACGCUGUUCACGGUCGUGGUGGUUACAACAACACUGUCAAUGGCCGGGUUGAUUACAGCAACGCUGUUCAUGGUCUUGAUAGUUACGGGAAAGCUAUCAACGAACGUAACAGCAACUUCAAUUCUAAAGGCAUCGAUUGCGAUAACGAUGGCCGCGGUGGAUAUGGCAACGCUUUCGACGGCCGUGGUAAUUACGGAAACUCUGUUGAUGACCGCAAGGAUCGUGGUAACUUGGAAGCGAGAGGCGCAAGUAGCUUCAAAAAUGUCAGCAGUAGCUCGCGAGAUGGGCGCCCCUACAGCACCUUGAGACACGGCAACACCGAGGGUUACGGCAGCAACACCGAAGGGCGCGGCAGCAGCACCGACCGUCCUGACAUCACCUUGGGGCACGACAACAACACCACGGGACACGGCAAAAACACUGUGGGACAAAUCGACAACCGGGACCACGGCAGCAGCACCGCGGCGCGCGGCAAUGCCAGACAGCAACAGCGGCAUCAGCAGCAGCGCUACAGGCAGGCCUUCCGAGCCCAGGAGAGCGCGCUCGACCAGCGCGUGGUGAGCUCAGUGAAGACCUGGCGUCAGUACCGUCGCGCCGUGGAGGAGCUGGCGCGCGAGGCCUUACGAAGGGCGCCGUCCUGCCAGAUCCUCUUCAGCGGGCCCACCAAGCCGCUGCUGGGGCCUGGGCCUCCUGCAGAGGGGCGUCGUCCUAUUAAAAAAGUGCAGGAGGCUCUGCAGUGCUCGGAAGCGCCUCUGCUGGCCGAGUGGCUACAGCAGCAGAACCCCACAGCAGGAUCAACCAGGGCUUCCUCUCUUAAGGUCGCACUGGAUGUCUACGGCGCAGGCAGCGGCUACGGACGCAGCAAGCAACUCUCGCCGAGUCUGCGCGUCGUCUUGCCCAUGCACGAGGAAGACUUCAGCCUGCUGCAGAUGCUGAGACUGCGGCGUCACCACGCGGACGCUCCUCUCGCCCUCGCCACCUACGCUUCGUCCCCCGCCCGCCCCAGGCUUGUCAACUUCCCCUCGUGCGAGGGACGUGCCAGGCUUUUACCCUCUAUGGACGACGUGCAGCCCUCAAAAACAAAGAACAAGAGGUUAUCUACCUCGGUAGAUAAAGAUACGAAACCUGGUUUAGAUGUGGCAAAUCCAAGCCCUGUUGAGGGAAGCCAUACUACUCUACCCUCAGUUAUGGCCGAGGGUAAAUAAUUUCCCUCGGUCAAAUAGAACGUAAAACCCUCAUUGGUCGCGGAUAGAUCACUUUUCCCUCAAUUGAAGUGGGUUCAAAAGAUUUCCACUUGACAGUGAAAAUAUCCAACUUCACGAAAUGUGUUAAAAUAGUUCGCGUGAAACAUUAGUUUUCAUAGUAUGGGUUGAAUUGUUCACGCAUAACGUCCAUCUUUAUAAAAUUGGUUGUUGUAGAAGUUGAUUCAAUUUCUUGGGAAAUUCAGAUCAUUAAUGCACCCUGAUUUGCGUAGUGUGGGUUACCGACUUCCGCCGUUGGCUGUGAUUAGCAAAUUAGUAAGAAACGAGUCUGAUUCAUCGUCUGACUCAUCUCGUGCAUUUGUUGAAUAGUCGUUAGAGGUUGGGUGCUUACAUAAUCAUUUAGAAAUCGCUUUACCCUGUGGGAAUGCAACGUAAUUUUCGAUUAAAAUUAGAAUUGCCUGUUUAAUUCCAUGAUAUACAUUUUCGCUCAUGUUUGAACAUUUGUAGCAUCACAUUCGUUCUCAUUUAUCUCAUGCUAGUCGUUUGUGUUAGGAUUUAUCCUAAUUUAAGUUGUCCCCUUGCCUUUACAAAUACGUAUUACCACCGAUACAAUUGAAUCAAAGUGCAGAUGAAGACGAGCUUAAUCCUUCAUUACGUUUUUAUGCAGCUUGUGUCUACUGAAUUUUCUCUUACAUAUUCUGAAGUCAUGUUCUAAAUGCAUUCCGUGCUCUCGCACAGACAUUAGUUAAAUUUCGUCUUUGUUUAUUGACCAUGAUACGUUUGAAAAAAUGUUUUGGCUUGUAUAAUCUGUUUUCAUUUAAUCUUUUAAUAAAUAUAUCCUGUUC